UCAUGUGGACCGUGAACUAGAAGAAUUUAGGAACUACUAAUGGCACCUGUUAUUACUCCUCGUGAUGAAGAGGUGCCACUGGUUGCCGGCGAUGAUUCGCCGACGCUUCAGUCAGGGAAGAGCCACACGAAGGACGUUCAUAUCUUGAGCUUGGCCUUUCUCUUAAUCUUCAUUGCUUAUGGAGCUGCUCAAAAUUUACAGAGCACUCUCAAUACAGAGCAGAACUUGGGUACAACUUCACUUGGGAUAUUGUACCUGUCUUUCACCAUUUUUUCUGUGUUUGCUUCUUUGGUGGUGAGGAAUCUCGGCUCCAAAAACUCUUUGAUCAUUGGGACAACUGGUUAUCUCUUUUACUUGGCUGCAAAUUUGAAGCCCAAUUGGUAUACACUGGUUCCGACCUAUUUGUUUCUUGGGUUUUGUGCUUCUAUAACGUGGGUUGGACAGGGAACAUAUCUCACUUCCACUGCACGCAAUCAUGCUAGAGAUAACAACUUGCUUGAAGGUACAGUAAUUGGCGACUUCAAUGGGGAAUUCUGGAGUGUGUAUGCUAUCCACCAGUUUAUUGGGAGUCUUAUUACAUUUGCUCUACUUAGUGAUGGGAAGGAGGGGAGUACCAAUGGCGCAACUUUAUUAUUUGCAGUACUCCUUUUUGUUAUGACCUUUGGUGCUAUACUAAUAUUCUUCUUGCGAAAACGGAGUGAUAAUAGUAAGGGAACAUAUGAGCAUUCAGAAGCUGGUGGUGGUGCUUGUGAAUAUUCGUCCCUCAAGUCUCUAUGUAGGUCACUCACCAGUGCAUUGUUUGAUGUAAAGAUGUUGUUGAUCAUACCCCUUAUUACAUAUUCAGGUCUACAACAAGCAUUUGUAUGGGCUGACUUUACCAAGUAUGUUGUAACUCCAGCAAUUGGUGUUUCUGGUGUGGGUACUGCAAUGGCAGCAUACGGUGCUUUUGAUGGAAUUUGUUCUCUUACUGCCGGUCGUCUCACCUCGGAUCUCACGUCUAUUGUGACAAUAGUAUCCUUUGGAGCUUCUGUUCAGGCAGUUGUAUUAAUCUUGCUUCUGCUAGAUUUCAGCAUACCUAGCGGAUUGCUUGGUACUCUAUAUUUACUCUUUUUGGCUGCUUUGUUGGGCAUUGGUAAUGGAGUUCUUAUGACACAACUCAAUGCUUUGCUUGGAAUGUUGUUUAAGCACGACAUGGAGGGUGCUUUUGCGCAGCUAAGGAUAUGGCAGAGCGCAACAAUUGCUAUCAUGUUCUUUUUGUCCCCCAACAUCUCGUUUGAGACAGUAGUAGUGACUAUGCUGGCUCUCCUUUGCUUCUCGCUCUGCAGCUUUUUAUGGUUAGCUCUUAAGGUGGGGAAGGCAUCAUCACACUCCACCUUUGUGUGAAUUCAGUGUUGCAGCAACCGCAAGCAUAUUAUAUUUUUCACAUAUGCUUUGCCUUCUUGCC